UGUGCGCAUGCUCGUUGACAGUGUUUAUAUGCAGCAUUUUUACCUUCACCAGCGCAGCGCAGAUCCAGAGAAACGCACAAAGACUCGUUUUACAUUAUUAACAAUGAGCAAGCAAAACGACAUUGAGAAGGAUUUUCUUCAGCCGGAUCUUAAAAAAGAUGGGAAAAGUAAAUAUUUCGAGAAGAUUGGUGUGGUCGUCAAAAAACAUCGUGAUUCACAGAUUGAGUUAAACACAAAGACAGCAGCUAAGCAGGAGAAGUACAGAUUUAGAGUCGGGUCUUUUGAAGAUACAUCAUUCAAACAGUAUCCUGACAUGUUAGGAGAGUGGGAGCAGUUCUACCUACCAGAUGAAAUGAAGAUGAAGGUUUUUGGUGUUCUGGAAGAUUUUCCCUGUGACAGCUCUGAUGAUAAACUGGUGUUGAUGGUGUGUGAGGACGGUAAAGUGUUUGGCUAUGAAGAAGAGAUGCUGCAUGUGGUGGCCGACAACCUGAAUGAGCUCUUUGAAAGUGGGUUUCAGUUUCCAGGCACUAAACAAUUCUACAGAGGCCAAAGCUUUGAGGACGUGACAGGUGAUGAAUGGGAUGAAUUAAAAGAAAGGAGUCAGAUGAUGAAGGAACACAAGAAAUUUUUAAAGAAAGAAGAGCCUUCCUACCUAGCGAGUCUGAAGAGCAUCAUGGAGCCAGAACAUCAACAUGAUCCUGCUCGAAUGGGGGGAGCAGCAAAUGAAGUUGAACCAGUUUUUUAAAGAAGUACAAGAAUCAAGUACAUGGAAUACUGGAGUGUGUAAACUGUUCACUUCACACUUUCUGGAUUGUGGAUAUCAUUCUGAAGACCUACAACAUUCAUGUGUUAAUCAAAAACUGUUCACCUUCACUUGUCAGUAUACUAAUAUGAUAUUAUGUGUGUUUCUCUAUAAAAUCAGUAUAAACACAAUGUGGAAUUAAAUGUACAAUUGUGAUCGGAAUAUUCUAGAUUUAUUCUUAGUAAAUUUCCUCUGUACAGUUUAACUUUGUCAUGUGGUAAAGGACAUAACAUGACUGUUCAAUGAAGAAGCUCAUUCCUCAAAGUUCAGUGAUUAACUGAUCAAUCAACAAGGUCAAUGUUUAUAGAUUAAUCCAUAAACAUCCAUUAAAAGAUAAUUCUGACAGUC